AUGGCCAUUAGCAAGGCGCAGCGCAAGCAGCAGCAGUCGGCGGCGGAUGCCUUUGAUGCGUUUUUUGUGCAUGAGUAUGGUGCGGAGCGGUGGCAUCGUCUGCGCGAGCGAUUGUUACAGCCGACGGAGUAUGCGGCAUUGAUCAAUGCGUACGUGCCGUCGAUCGAAGUGGACCGCGCCAUCCUGUCGGACGAGGCGGCAGCGGCUGGGCAGUAUACGCUUCUUCGUCUGCCGCCGCCUCCGGAUACGACGCCAUGUGAUACGCCGACGCGGCUUCUGUGCCUACUGCGCACGGAUCCCCACGGCAGUCGGCCGUUCCCGCCACCCCAUCCCGCCGCGGACGCGCGGCAUCGACUACAUACGCACUGGAACCUCGAUGCGGCGUCCGUGCUAGCUGCCCAGUGCCUUGAUAUCCAGCCUGGCCAAGCUGUGCUGGAUAUGUGUGCGGCGCCGGGCGGCAAGAGUAUCACGCUCGCUCAACGAUUGUGGCCGGCGCUGUACGUCGAUCAUCCGAGUGGCGAACAGCAGCACCGGCAGCGCCCCUCGAUCUUGCAUGCGAACGAGGUGGAUGUAGCGCGUCAUCGCCGACUCCAUGCCAAUCUAACGAGUUACCUACCGCCCACGCUCUUUGAGCAGGGUCUCGUGGAUGUGCUGCGCAUCGACGCCACGUCGCCGCGCGCCGUUCACCUGUUCCCGCUGGGCGAAGAAGGCUACGACCGCAUCCUCAUUGAUGCCCCAUGCUCGUCUGAGCGCCAUAUCCUCCAUGCGUUCAUGCGCGCCCAGCAAUCCGGCUCGAUCGCGCCAGAGAUGCUCGCGUGGAAACCGACCAUGACCCGCAACUUAUCCAAAACGCAGUCGGCGCUGCUCCGCACAGCUUGGAGUGCGCUCCGUCCGGGCGGCCGCCUGGUCUAUGCUACGUGCUCGCUGAGUCAGCAAGAGAACGACCAGGUCGUGCGUGCCUUUGUGGCGUCGCAGCCGGCGCGCGUGGUGCGCUCGGAUCACUUGUGGCGCUUUUGCGAGCGCACCGAGUAUGGCUACCUCGCUCUGCCUGACCACGUCGCGCGAGGCGCGUCAGAUCCAUCGCCGUGGGGGCCGCUCUACUUUUGUAUCUUAGCCAAGUAG